CGCAGUUACUUAUCCUUAUCACUUAUGAAUCAGCUGAUGGCUAGAAGUGAUGACCGUUGCGUAUUAAUAGGGAUUGGUUUUGUUUGAUAAUUUCAAGUAAAUAUGUCAUUAAAUACAGCGCACGCCAAUGGUGGCGUACUUAUUCACGCUGGAGAGGUUAUUUUGUUAUAUUGCGACAAUGUUUCCAUGGAAUUUCAUGGCCAAGAACAACCUGCAUUUAUUGGUGCCAAACGUGGAAGAUUAUACUUAACAACGCAUAGAAUGAUCUUCAAUGCUAAAAAUCCAAAUGAAGAAAUGAAAUCUUUUAGUUUCCCAUUUAUUACAUUGAGUGAAGUUGAAUUAGAGCAGCCUAUAUUUGGUGCUAAUAGUAUCAGAGGGAAAUGUCGAGCUCAGCCUAAUGGAAAUUGGAUAGGAGAAUGCAAAUUUAAAUUGUAUUUCAAGAGCGGAGGUGCCAUAGAUUUUGGUCAGGCCAUGUUAAUGGCAGCAGAAAUGGCACAACGCAAUGGUCCUGAACAUGAUGCUCCACCACCGUAUACACCACCAACAUCAGGCUGGUAUGCAGCACCACCGGUAGCUUAUCUAGCUCCAGCAACUAGAAAUUAUGGAUGGAUGCCACCAGUCAAUGUAUUUCCAGAUGCUCCACCAGCAAAUAGUGUUUUUAUGACUGAGAUGCCACCUCCCUAUCCUGGUAUAAAUUCUCCUUAUCAGGGAUAUGCAAGUGGAGCACCACAACAUUCACAAGGUGCGUGGGGUGGUGUCAAUCAGCAAUCAAGUUGGGUACCGACGCAACCAAAUGGUGCACCAGGAUUGGCUAAUCCCAAUUACUCCCUUAGAGGUGUGUAUCCAAAUUUUAAUGAGUAUCAACAAUGUCCACCAUAUACACAAAAUCCACCAUAUACUCAAAAUUCACCAUAUACACAAAACCCACCAUAUAUACAAAGUCCAUCAUAUACACAAAAUCCACCAUAUACACAAUGUCCACCAUAUACACAAUAUCCUGGAGGUACUAAUUACUAUUCGAAAUAAUUAUCUUAUUUAAAUAGACUUUGAUCAUGAAUUACAAAAAAUUCCAAUUUAUAUGCUUUUUGAAAAAGUUUAAAUCUUAAAACAUAUUUUUAUGCAGAAAGUUAUUAAAGUAUUAUAUCGUUACACAUAUAAAUAUUAUAUAUAAAUAUAUACAUUCUUACAUUUACUUUUUACAUAGAUUAACAUUAGAACUACUGACCUAUUUUUAUUAUAUCUGUCAAUUUGAUGGGUAUUUGAAAA